ACGUUAAAGACACAGAGCUACUUCAAUAAUGGAUGACAUCGAUCAGGCGAUUGACGAGGAGCUGAAAAAAUUACACCUUGAUCCUUCAGAAAAUGAUUCAGAAGAAUCCGAAGAUGAUAACUUUACACCGUUGGAUAGAUCUCUUCAUUCAGAAGAUCUUUUUUCUGACUCAGUGCUUGCAUACAUUGAAGUUUCAAGGGAUCGAUUAAAUGCCUUUGAACAAUUUAUCCUUGAAGAUAUUGAGGAAGAAGAAUCCUCAAGUCAGCAGCUUGACGUCUAUCACGAUGGUAAUCAAAUAAAUAUGAGCACUAUAGAGGACUCCAAAAAGUGGAAAGAAAAAGUAAUCAGUGAAUUUGAAGAACAGGUUGGACAGAAUGCUCAGAUGGAGAUCUCAAAGAUGGCCAAUACAGAUGUUGUUAUUGACCAUGAUGGUUGCACAGAAACUCAACUCAGUCUUGAAUGGAGAGAAUUGGAGAAAAGACUGAAAGAGGAAGAGGAGCAGAAAUUAGCAGCACAGGAAGUAGAAAGAGAGCUGCAUUUAAACUCGGAGAGGGAGGAUGAAGAGAGGCGGAGGAGAUCACUGAUGGAGUUCGAGGAGCAGCUGAUGAAGGUUUCAAAACCCACACUGCUUCAGAAUGGUGGAGAAAAAAAUGAAGUUUUUUACACAGUGGAUCAACAUGAACUGGAUAAACAGCAGAAGUAUUUAAGGAAGCUGGAAAAGGAACUAGAGGAGGAGAAACAGGCUUUUGAGAAGUCUCAGGAGGAGGAGAGAAAGAGAACCCAUGAGCUUCACUACAGAGCAGCUACAAAGAUCCAAGCUGCUCUUAGAGGAACAUUAGUGCGACGCUGGAGAGCAAAAGAGAUCAAAAGAAAGAGAAAAGUAGAGGAAAAGCUUGAGGAAGAGAAGAGGGAGUGGGAGAAGAUAAAAAAGGAAAGGGAGGAGGAGAUGAGAAGGACCGAGGAGGAACAACGCUUUCAUCGAGAAGAGAUGGAGAGACGUAGAGCUGAGUAUGAGGCGUCAAAAGAACUUGAGCGCCAUCGUCUGGAGAAAGAAAGAAGGCUUGAGCAGCAGAAGAAAAGAGAGGAAAAGGAUGAGCAGAGAAGGAGGGAGAUGAAGACGAAAGAGGAGCAGGGAGACAUUACAAGUGUAAAAGAGAGCAAAGGGAACGAGGAGAGCAAAUGCUUAGAGAAACCGAAAAGACUUGUGAAACAGAGCAAGAAAGAGGAGGAAGAUAAACAGAAGUGUAUGGAGGAAAAGGAAGAACAUAGGAACAUUACAAGUGUUAAAGAGGAAAGCCAGAGCCUGGAGAAAGAGAAAAGACUUGAGCAGCAAAAGAAGAAAGAGGACCUAGAUGAAGAGAGAAGUAGGGAGAGGGAGAAAAAAGAGGAGGAGAGCAAAAUUCUUGGUGUAAAAGAGGAGACCCAGUGCUUAGAGAAAGAGAAAAUACUUCAGCAGGGGAAGAAAGAGGAGGAAGAUGAAGAGAGAAGGAAGGCAACGAAGAGGAAGGAGGUGCAGAGCAGCAUCACAAGUAUGGAAAAGAGGAAUGCGAAAGAGGAGAGCAGAAAACAGGAGGAGGAGAAACUUAAUAGAGAAAAUGAGAGAAGGGAAUCAGUGAGAAGUAGCAGACCAGAGGAGGAAUGUAAAAGAAGAGAGGACAAUGAGGAAAGAGGGGAAAUAAUGAUUAAAAGCAAUGAAAAUGAGAUAAGAGAAAGACAAGAUAACAAGGAAGGAAUAACCAAUGAGAGCAAAGAGGAAGAAAGGAAUGAGAUAAAAAAAAUGGGCCAAAAAAUAAAAGUGGAAAAAUAUAAAGAUCAGAAACUACAAAUAAUGAGCAAUAAAGAUACAAUGAAGAACUUUCAAGAAACAAAUCAAGCUAAAAGCAGUUGGGAUGGAGAGCUUAGUUCACAGAUGGAUUCUCGACAGUCAAGAAACACCCUAAAAGUAUCUACAGCCACCCCCAAGUCCUGCAUACAUACACAUCAAGAACUCUCUAAUGAACUGUUUGGUUCAACAACAAUUAUAGGUCACUUAAGUUCUGAGGUGACAGAUAAGAGUCUGAAUGUAGACAGUAAGAUGGAAACAACCGGGCUUCAAAAUGUUACAACCAUUGAGCUUGAGAACUGUGGACCAGAGAUCCAAGAAUUAAGUUCUGUAUGUCUGCCUGACAGCACAGAGCAGAAACGUCUGGUCUGGAUAAAGAACUGCACUCCCUGGUCCAAACUAUCAUUGCAGAAUAAGAAAAAGAGGGCAUCUGUCCAACAACAGUCCCAAAAGAGAAGGGCAAAAAGAUCAAAAUUACCCAGCUUGCCCCCUUUGACAACAGAAACUAUUCUCAGCAUAGGAGCUUGGAGCUCUCUCAAAGAGGUUACAACAGUGACUCUGGAAGACCUGCCAGGCUGUAGCCUGUCCACACUGUCUCAAUGUUGCCAACUACAGACGUUAACACUUAGACGCUGUGGACUCAGAUCUUUGGAUGGACUUAACCAGUGUCCUCAGAUCAGAUACAUUGAUGUACAGGAGAACUCAAUCAGCCAUGUGGAUUGUGGGGGUCUGGCUAACCUUCAGGUCCUCCUGUUGGGUAAAAACCAGCUGAUGAACAUCCAUGGUCUUGAUGAUGCUGAGAAACUCCAGGUCCUUCAGUUGUCACACAACAGCAUCUCACGCAUCAGUGGUUUAGGAUCCCUGAAAAUGCUUCUGAGAUUAUUACUAGACCACAACCAACUUCUCAGCACUAAAGGUUUAAAUGAAAUUUAUACCAUUUUGCAUCUGGACUUUUCAUAUAACCAUCUAAGCCACGUUGAGGGUUUGGAGAAUUGCGCACUCCUUAACACGCUGGACCUCAGAGGAAACAGUCUUACUGAGCUCCCUGUCCUAAAUAACCAUGUACUUCUGAGGGACCUUUUUCUGGAUGACAAUCUUAUAUCUUCUGUUCAUGAUCUGGAAUCCUAUUGGUUACCUUUGCUCCAAAACCUCUCUGUCGCUCAUAACAGUAUAACUGACUUAGUCCCACUCUUGGACUUGGUCUCUCUGAAAAGGCUGGAUGUCAGUCACAACUGUCUGUCAGACCUUCAUAACGUUUGUCUGAGUCUUCAGGGAUGCUCUAGUCUUCAAGAACUUGACCUGACUGAUAACCCGCUAUAUCAAGAGAACCACUGGAGGUCCUUACUUCUGGAGACAGUGCCUGGCUUGAUUAAGUUGAAUAAUGAGCAGACUUCUGCAACAGCAGCGCCCUCUGAAGGUCUGGGACAGCAGUGGAGUUUUCAAGCACUUUGUCAGGCACAACAGGGGCAUCGUGAGUCACUCCUGCAGCGGCACAAAAUGGAGAUCAGGUCAGCGCCCUCACAACAUAAUGCCCAGCUUCUUGUCAGUGGUCACCAUGCAGAGCUCUUCAGAUUAGCAGUGGACCAGCGUUACGCCCAUGAAUACGGAGACAGCUGUGUCACAGAGGAUCCUUCGGCAGCCACUGAAAGCAAUCCGUGUGAUUUUUCUGAAGCUUCUCCAUCACAAAGUCCAGAGAUGGAACCUCAGCAUACAUCAAAUCCUUUGAAGCUUCAGUCGAACGACCCUCAGACUGACUUUCCAGAAAGUUGUAGUGAGACGCCCACCAAGAAGAAACCUCUUAACCUUAAAAUAGCGGCAGCUGUGGUCAUCCAGCGUUGUUGGCGGAGAUACGUAUUGCGGAGACGUGAAGGCCCCUCAGGCUUAAUUGCAAAAACUAACCAGAGAUCGAAUAUUCGUAUGGUGGAAGAUUGGCGUGUUGAGAGGCCAGAACUUCGUGAGAACGACCGUGCCGCUAUUAUUAUUCAGGCUGCGUGGAAAGGCUACAAUCUGCGUAGAAGGCUGGCCCAGGCUCUAGCCGACGUGCGAAUCACAGAGAGCGAUGAGGACUUUGAAGAGGUGGACACGGACGAAUUCACAUUUGAUGAGAAGAAGAUGGAGAAAGACUGGAUAACCCUGAAUUCCGAUGCCUCACCUGCCAGGGCGAUGCCAUAUUCAGCUCUCUCUCGGCUGCCAAAGCAUCAGAUGUCUCCAUUGAUGCCUCCUGACUCUGAGACUCCAUCUGGUAUUCCACAUCAACCCAAACAUGCCUGGUCAGAUAGUAAAGCUGCAGUUUGCUUGGAACAACAUGUGUCACCACACCUUAGUAGCAGAAGCAACACCUUUUCCGAGAGAUCACAAAAAAUCUUUGAUGAAUGGGGCAUUACAAGUGAGUCCACUGCCCGUCUCAUGCUGAAGAGAGCCGAUAGAAUGAAGGGCAGGAAACCACAGCAGAGAAGAUUAUUGGUUCAUCAAGUAAAAAAUGAAUUUCACAAUGCACCGAAGGCAGAGGAACCACUAUUUAACAAGGAGAGAACCUACCAGAGGCGCCACGAGCACGCAGUUCAUCCUCACACAAUCGCUGCCGUCUUAGGACGGAAUCAUUUCCUGCCUGAGAUUGACCAUGAAAUUCGUAAUGGUGGGAGAGUACAGCUUGUGGCCAGUGCUGGCAGCAGGGGUGGUGUAGAUUCAGGAGCUAAGUUUUGUGUGGACCCCGUUGGUGUCUCUCCACCUUUUAACAAACAAACUCGGGCUCGGAGACAUUCAAAUGAACAUGCAAAAACAGAAGUCCCAUCACCCGACAGAGUCGGUUCAGCUCCAGUCCCAAAAGAACGCAUCUCAUUUCGGGACAUCCCAGUCCAGAAUAGCGGAGGUUGGGGUGGAGGAAAGAAGAGGACUCAUCUUAACAAGUAA